CCACCGAUUUCAUCAACUUUCUUCAUGAAACUUCCUAUAAUUCAUUUGAAGAUGUGGUGGGCUGUUUGUGCGGAGUUGGAGACAUGGAGACUGUUGGCUUGAGGUGGAAAAAAAGGGACAUUCAAAUUGUUACUGAUUACGCUAGCCUCUUUCUAUUGAUUUUCUUGCUGCCAGUUGUAGAGGCUUAAUCUGAAACUGUUUGAAAUCAGGGAGAGCACGAGGAGAAAUAUAAAUAGAUAAUGGCAAAACCUUCCCAACCACCUCAAAAUGGGAAGGGGGAGAUGAAAGAGAUUGAUACUGCGAAUGCCAGCAACAAUAACGAGAGCAGCAAAAAGAAGGCGACAAGAAAGUUGCCAAGCCCGAAAGAGCUUGUAUCACACUAUGAAUCGCAAGGUAUGGACUCCCAAGAAGCUUCCUUUAAGGUCAUUGACGACCUCCAGGGUGCUCUCUUCAGGAUGGUCAGCUCUUCUCGAAAUGACAAGAAUCGCAAUAAUAGGAACAUGUCAUCUGAAACCUCCAGAAAGUUGGAUGUCAUAAACGCUCGACUGCUCAGCCUUGAUAUGAAAGUUGACUCCAAGCCAGGCUACCCUCAAACGCUUGCCAUUGGAUUGGCCUCUGGUGGCCUUCUUCAAGUGCUCCCUCGUGUUGCAAGUUCGGUUGUCCAAAUUUGGAAUACUGUUAGAAGUGCUACAAACUCAACCAGUCAUAGGUCAUAAAUCUUGUUGUUUAGCAUGUUUGCUUCUAGUCAGGGUACAUCUACUUUUGAAGUAGGAAUUUUGAUUGCCGAAAACUAGAAUAUUGUUCUGUAGGGGCCUUUCUUCAUUACGAAUAUUGUGAAACCUUUAUUGAGUUGAGGUUCUGUCAGAAACAGCCUCUUUACCUUCACAAGGUAGAGGUAAGGUCUACGUACACACUACCCUUCCUAGAUCCCACUUGUGGGAUUACACUGGGUUUGUUAUUGUUAUCGUUGAAUGUUGUGCAACCUAGUGUCAUGAAUCUUAGCAUGUAUCGCAUUUUUGGCUGUUAAUGCCAACUACUAGUUCUAUUCUUAUUCUAUUGCCAGGUUCCUGGAGUAUCAGUUAAGGUAUA